AUUCAAAGAAAAAUAAAAUACACCUUCAAGUAAAUAACGCAUCAAAAAACAUGGAAACUUCGCAGUUCCCAUCCCAAAUCCAGAAAUAAACUCACCCUUCUUAACCUCUUCACAGGAAAAAAAGAUAAACACACACACACACUUUAGCUCUCUCUUAAGUUAAGAGUUUAUUAGUUUCGAAGUUCCGGCGAGCUUAAAUGGGGGCCGAGCCCAACAGCUGCUGUUCAUGUUGUUCGGGCUUUAUAUUAACCAUGGGCCUAACAGCCCUAUUCAUAUGGCUAAGCAUUCGUGUAGACGAACCAAAAUGUUACAUAGACCGAAUUUACGUUCCUGCCCUCAACAAAACCCUAAAUUCCACUUCAAAUUCCACCUUCUUCUUCACUCUCAAACUCGUUAACCCUAACGAAGACAAAGGUAUUCAAUACGACGCCGUUCAACUUCGUUUCGGUGUUUUCUUCGAUCUCAACGCUACUCGUUCACUCGGUAACGCUACCAUUGAGAAAUUCUACCAAGGUCACCAGAAGAAGGCUAAGAAACUCGGCUUGGUAGAAGCCGCUGGAGCCGGGAACUUAACGGAGUCUGUUAACGGUACGGUUUAUUUUCGGGUGGAUUUUACGACAGCGGUUAAGUAUAAGAUUUUGUUGUGGUAUAGUAAACGGGACCGUUUGUGGGGAGGGGCAAAUUUGGAAAUUAGCGAUUCCGGUGAGAAAAAGGAUUCGAAAGCUAUUAGGCUUGGGAACUCACCGGCGAUAAUAGUGUCUGGCGCAUCUAAACAGUUUCCAUGGGUUUACUUGACUUUCACUUUAUUUAUUUAUAACUGCUUAUGCUAUUAUUAUUGUGUUUAAUAUUUAGUUAUUAGGUGUUGUGGUAAUUAUUAAUCUUUUUUGUAGUAUAAUUUACAAAAUAUUUUCCAAGAUCCUAGCCAAUCGUCUUAAGAUAGUGUUGCCAAAAUGCUUUUUUGAGAAAUUGAAGAAUUUAAGGACAAGUCACCCCCUAUUAUUUUAUGUGUUUUCUUACUUCCAACUUUUUUCAGUAAAUUAAUAGAGAGGCCAUUAAAUUAUUUCUACUGGGGCUCAAAGAAGAAUGGCAACCGAUGUACCAACUGUUUACGGUAGGAUAAGCUUACAACUAGAAAGAAAUUCAGGGACCUACAAUUUAAAGAUCUUGAUAAACAAUUACGAAAGCUCACUACCGACCUACGCUCCUUACUCACACGAUUCAAUCAUAUGGAGCCACACAAAUAGUGAUAAUUAUUGUCAUUUUAGUCCGUGUAUAUACCAACAUAUACACAAAUUUGAUUAAUAUUUUGUAGGUAGUUUAUCUAUACUUAUAAUAAACACAAUACAUCUUUUUGUUGUAACUUAUUUUACUCAUAUUUAUACUCUUUUAUUUUGAA